AUUAAUUUUUGAAAGUUAAUGUGUGUGCAUCUUUUUUUUUUAAUACCAAAGUGUGCCACUUUGAAGUUAACUUUAGAAAUGUGUUCAAUAAAAGUAAGUGCUGAAGUGAAAGUGUUUAUGAAAACUUUUCAAAUUAUGUUGACAUUAAAUUAAAAGUUAAUAUCAACAAUUAAUAGUGAAAUAUAAAUGUUUAAACGUAGUCUGAAAUAUCAUGUUACAGUGAUUAAGCACGUGUGUUUAGUGACGUAAAAAACAAAAGUCAGUGAGAAUGUUAACAUGAUGUUUUCAAAUGUUACAAAUAAGGACUUUCUGUCCCUUGACGGGUUAAAACUGAAUGGGUCAGGAUCUCUGAACGGGACUUACCAUUUUGGUGGAGAAUUGGACAUUUUCUUUCAACCAGAAAAAGUGUUAAUAACAUUAUACGUUCCAAUUAUAUUGUUGUCUUUUGUGGCAAAUAUUCUUCUUAUCGUGGUUGCGGUGAAGUGUAAUUAUACUAAAAGUGUCACCAACAUAUUCCUCGUCAACUUAUCUGCCGCGGAUCUUCUCGUGACCGGGGUCUGCAUGCCCACUCAACUGAGCAAGGCGAUCACUGUCCUCUGGUUCUACGGGGAGACAGCGUGCAAGAUUGUCAACUAUAUACAGGGCGUAGCGGUAGCGGCCAGUGUGUUCACCCUGACAGCCAUGUCGGUAGACCGCUGGCUGUCGAUAUCCCCCGAGCCCCGCCUUCGCCCCCCCGGACGGAAACAGGCGCUGUUACUAUUGGCGCUGUUGUGGUCAGCAGCGCUGCUGAUCUUCAUUCCUCUACUGAUAGUCGCGCUAGUUAGAAAAGAGACGGUGCCUAUAAUCGCUAAAGCUUAUAGGAAUGUAUCGAUACAAACCAGAGAUGUUCACUUCUGUACAGAAGAGUGGCCAAGUCCUGAGAGAAGAAAACAGUUCGGCACAUUCAGCUUUACUAUAGUGUAUGCCAUUCCAGGUUCCAUAACGAUACUAUCGUACGCCUGUAUGGGCCGUACGCUGUGUUCCGUCAGGCCUCCCUUCGACAUCGACGAAGGGAAUGUCAGCAUGCAACAGGGUCUUAGGCUAAUGAAAGAGAGGAAACGAGUGGCGUGGAUCCUGCUGCUCCUGGCGGUGCUGUUUGCUCUGUGCUGGAUGCCAUACAACAUCAUGCAACUGCUGUUAGAUAUAAAUGCUGUCAAUGCAAAGGAUCUCAGCAUGUAUCUACCGUAUGCAUUAUUUAUUGGCCACGCGAAUUCAGCGAUCAACCCGAUAGUGUACUGCCUUAUGACGAGAAACUUCCAGAGAUCAGCUCGUAAACUGCUCUGCGGCAGAGGAGUCUGCCAGCAAAACAAAUUUACCUGGCGUUGUACCCAAAAACCAGACGGCUCGUCAAGCGAUUAUGACCUUUAUCACGAACCGCAUAAGAGAUGCUAUUUGCAGAUGAACAACCUUCGACACAACGGUCACACCCAUGGCCUGCCAAUGGCGAGAGGAAUCGAGACUCGAGCGCAGACCACGCAGCUGAGCCACGUGACCAGAUCUUCCAGAAGAACGGCGCCUGCGCACGCGCUGUCCGUGGAGAUGCUGCAGAGGCAUGGACAUAUAGACUUGAAACGCUGAUGUUACCUGUCGCCAAGAUACGAUUGAAGGUAUCUGCGGAAAUGUUGGUGAAAUGGACUAAAUUAUGAUGGUUAAAUAAGAAGAACAAAAUUUUACGGACAAUGUUAAAAAGUGAGUGAUGCCCAAGAAGAUAGGGUCAUAAAAAAUGUGUGAUGACAUUUGGAAUUGAAACAGAUCUGUAAGUAUUGUGAUAAGUGCUUUAUAAUACUCAUGAUAACAUGUUUAAGAAAGUGAUAUGCAUUGAUGUAACAAAUUAAUAAGUGGAGCCAUAUCAAUCAAAUUAAUAAAUGUAGAUGUUGAUUUGAAAGAAUAUUACCCUAACGCUGUUAAAUUGUUUGUUUGUGUGCCGUGUGGUUCCCGGCACCAAUACAAAAAAGAAUAGGACCACUCCAUCUCUUUCCCAUUGAUGUCGUAAAAGGCGACUAAGGGAUAGGCUUACAAACUUGAGAUUCUUUUUUUAGGCGAUAGGCUAGCAACUUGUCACUAUUCUAAUCUCAAUUCUAUCUUAAAGCCAAAUAGCUGAACGUGGCUUAUCAGUCCGCUCAGGACUGUUGGCUCUGUCUACCCCGCAAGGGAUAUGUAUGUAUGUAUGUUGUUUGUUUGUAAACUUUUUAUUGCACAUAAAAAGAAAUGUAACAGAAAUAGAAUAGUCAUUGGAUAUAGAAGAAUAUGCACAAUGGCGGACUUAUCCCAUAAAUCAAUUAUUACGAUAAGCUUCAGAAUAUCUAACUUAUAUCGAAAUCAAUGCAUCUAUUGGCUACCUGUUGCUUAAAAAUUUGGAACAAUAUCCUGUAUCAUUUAGUUAUGGCGUGUCUAUUAAAAGGCACAAUCAUAUAAAUUGUGCCAAUAAAAAAGGCCAUAUUAUACUUGAACCUGUGUAUCGUCUCAGAAUUUAAAUUCCAUAAAAACUAGAGAUGGUUUGGUCAAAUGGAGAGGAUGAAUGAAAUCAGGUUGACUAAGCAGAUAAACAAGGAGAGUGUGGAGGGAAAGGUCGCAGUGUGAAGGCCUAGACGAACGUAUCUUGAUCAAAUUAAAGACAUCCUGGUAAAGGGUCAGGUCAAGAGUACUGGAAACCGCCGAGCUUGCAUGUAGAGCGUUAUGAAUGUGGAUGCA